AAUUACAUCUACGGUUUGGGUGUUUUUGGCUGUCUGGGCAUCUACUUACUUUUAAGUAUGAUGACAGCACAAGGCGUCACUGCAACUCAUGUGGCCUCUACGCUGGGCUAUUGCCUUCUUCCUAUGUGUCUGCUAUCCUCAACACUUCCUGGGAUUGUGAUAACGGCCACAAUUGUGAUCUGGUGUGCUUUUUCCGCGAGUAAACUCUUUGUUCGCGCCUUAGACAUGCAGCAUCAACGGAUCCUAGUUGCCUAUCCAUGCGCCUUGGUCUACAGCGUAUUUGCCCUGCUUGUUGUAUUUUAG